AUGUCGUCGACCGUAUGCUGCUUUAACGGCUGCUUCAACGCGCCGCUCGCGCCGUCGGACAAGUGCGUCUUUCACCGCAACCGCGCCCAGUGCCUUGUUGACGGCUGCGUCAACCAAGUCUAUGCGCGGCACCUUUGUGUUCGUCACGGCGGCAAAAAGACGUGCGCGUUUCCCGAGUGCACGUCACAUGCGCGUAUCGGCAACUACUGCGUGCGCCACAGCAAAGACGCGUCCAAGCAGCUGUGCUCUGAAGACGGCUGCACCAAGACAGCGCAUCGCCGCCAAAAGUGUGUUCGUCACGGCGGUGGUCGGCCCUGCCAAGUGGAGGGCUGCACGACGCACGCGCGGACAGGCGGCUUGUGCUGGCGCCACCGUAACCUUGUGCUUCCGACGGCCGACACGGGGUGUAUGCUGGAGGGCCACGAAUUUCUCGCUAUUUUGGACGAAUGGAUGGCGGCCGAAGAGCACGAUGGAAUGGACGACCAGGUCCUUCUCAAUGACCUUCAAGCACUGCCCAUGGAUGACUUCAGCUGUCUCCUCUCGUAAAUCCUUCUCGUCGUAUUUAAUUCUAAUUUUGUUUGCC